AUGAAGAUCAUUGCACAUCACGUUAGAGACGUAAUACUAAACGCUCUAUCCACAUGCAUAGGCCAGAAGGCGUUGCAAGAACAUCUGCCGUAUCUAUCGGUAGUAUCGGCAAAUCCGAAGUUCGGCGAUUUUCAGUGGAACGAUGCUAUUUCGCUAUAUAAGGCAAUAGGCUCCUCGUUGCAAGUUGGAAGCCCAAAGGAACUUGCAGAACUUGUCAAGUCACACAUUGUCUCACCCACAUUCUCAACAGUCAACGUCUCGCCACAGGGGUUCCUCACAGUCACACUAUCCAAGGAAUUUCUAGAAGAAGAAAUACGCAACUUAUGCAAAAAUGGAGUACAGGUCACUCAAGCACCCAAAGGAUUUCGGGUAGCAGUUGACUUCUCAUCACCAAACAUCGCCAAGGAGAUGCACGUAGGGCAUCUCAGAUCAACGAUUAUUGGUGAAUCACUCUGCCGCAUACUAGAGUUGCAUGGAUACGAUGUGCUUAGAAUCAACCACCUGGGGGACUGGGGAACACACUUUGGUUUGCUAGUGGAGUACAUGCUUGAAAAACAUCCGGAUUUCAUGACAAAUGUGCCGAGCAUCAGCGAUUUCACACAAUUCUACAAAGAGGCAAAGACACUUAUGGAUGCUGACGCAGAAUUUAAAGCAAGAAGCAGGAAAAGGGUUGUCAUGCUGCAGAGUGGCGACGAACUAUCCAUCAAGGUAUGGAAAUUGCUGUGCGACAUAAGUGAACGUGAAUUCGCCAAGAUAUACAAAAUGUUGGAUAUCACAAUAGAAAAUCGCGGAGAGUCAUUCUAUAAUGACAUGAUACCACAUGUCGUCAACGAACUCAGAGAAAAGAAUCUUGUAGUGGAAUCAGAGGGGGCACAAUGUAUUUUCACAAGCGUCAGCUCAGUACCAUUAAUGGCAAUCAAAAGUGAUGGCAGCUACGGAUACGACUCCACUGACCUGGCUUGUAUCAAGUACCGUAUACAGGAACUUGGGAGCAAGUGGAUCAUAUAUGUCACCGAUAUAGGCCAAUCUGAACACUUUAUGAAGAUAUUUGAAGCCGCACGAAUGGCAGGGUGGACCAAAGUAGGCAGCGAAGAGGUCAGGAUAGACCAUCUAGGCUUUGGAAUGGUGCAGGAUGCGUCGGGGAACAAGUUCAAGACACGUUCAGGAGAUACUGUGAAGCUAAUCACAUUACUCGAUGAGGCUGUCUCACGAGCCACCGUAGAGCUCGAGGCGCGUAUCAAGGCACGAAUGGAAGAGGGAGAAACAGAUACUGAUGUAAACAUAAAAGAGGUAGCCCAAGUGCUUGGUUAUGGAGCUGUGAAGUAUUUCGAACUUAGGCAAACUAUCGCAAACAACUACAAAUUCUCAUUCGACCACAUGCUAGACCCCAGGGGAAACACUGCAGUUUACCUGCUCUAUGCCUAUGCGCGUAUUUGCCAGAUAUUCCACAAGGCAGGGAUAGACCCAGAGUCUUUGCAACCGGAACAACUUAAUCUAACGCACCCCGCUGAAAUUGCGCUCGCCAAAAACAUCCUAAGGCUGCCAGCAGUGCUCAAACAAAUCACUGUUGACUUCCUCAUCAGCAAAUUGGCAGACUUCGUAUACACGCUCAGUGUUGAAUUUUCGGCAUUCUACAAACAGUGCAAGGUUAUCGGAGAUGCAAACGAGACUACAAGGUUGCUUUUGUGCCACGCAACUAAAACCGUCAUGAAGACCGCAUUCCAGUUAUUAGGGAUCAAACCAUUAGACCGAAUAUAA